AGAAUAGAGAGUGGAUAGUGUUGAAAUAAGAGCAAACCGUGGAUGGAUACACAGUGUUUCUAUCAAAGGACAGAAAAACAAAGAAGUUUUGACCAGUUUCCCCAAGUGUUUGCCUUGACGCUUGGAGAACAGAACAAGAAUCUCUGUUUCAACAAGGAUUUAGUGCAGAUGAUGGAGUUGUAUGUGUUGGUGUUGAUGUUAAGCUUGCCCACCUUGAUUCAGGCAGACUGCACAGCGCAAUGCCUGCGAUGCGCGCAACAGAUCUCCGACCUGGACCCUGCAGUCAAUCGCUUGACGUGCACCUUGGAGUGUGAAGGAGCAGUUUCUUCCUCCAGUACACUCGACAGAUGCGAGAAGAUUUUACAGAAGCUCUCAGAUGAAUUAUCGGACCUCAGCCUAGAAGCAGACGGAGAGCGAAGCGCGGAGGAGCCCGCGGCAUCCAAUCUGGUCAAAAGAUACGGAGGAUUCAUUAAGCGGAUCGAUAAGAAUAAAAAUAAAUUAUUCGCCUCGCCAUGGAAAGAAAACGCCGUGUUGAAAGGACUGUUCGCGAAGAAAUACGGAGAAUCCCUCUCGAAACUAGGAGAACGCGACGUCACGGAAGACGAGGAGGGAGAAGACAUCGCGUCGGAAAACGAAACGGGACUUUACGACAACGACCUCCCUUUAAACGAAGUUAAACGCUACGGGGGGUUUCUUCGUAAAUUUGGCCCGAAAAGAAGCGCGCCGAUGGACGACGCGACCCGACAGGUGCUGCAGAAACGAUACGGCGGUUUUAUGCGAAGAAUCCGCCCGAAGUUGAGGUGGGACAACCAGAAGCGAUACGGCGGAUUUCUACGUCGUCAUUUUAAAAUAUCUGUGCGUUCCGACGAAGAGCCCUCAUCGUACGAGGACUACGGUUUAUAGGGCUGUUUCAUUUCUAUUUGAACUCAUUUCAAUGCAUUCUAGUUUUUUAUUUAUCUCAUAUGUAUCGAGUAGCCUACGUCGUACUCACUCAAACUGGCUGCUGCUGACUUCCGGAAGCCGCAGCUGUCAAUCAUCUUGUCAAUCACUCACUGAUGACGUCUCACUGACCGCAACCACUUAUUGUUUCCCGUUAACGAUUGUACGCAAACAAUAUAUAUAUUGCAGACAAUGCUUGAUCAAAAUGACAAAUAAAGGGCAAGAACUUUACCUGCUAAACUUGUAUGAGGAAAAUGUUUUGUGUGACUUUCGUCUCAGUGUUAAAAAAAAACUUUCCCACCUAGCAAUAUUUGAGGGAAUAGAUCAAUUUUAGAAGAUGCUUUAUUCUGGGGACUUUAUAAAGAUUAUUCUCUAACUAAACUAAGAUCUUUCGGCACAUGUCAGAAACUGGACAUCAAUCUUAAUGUGCAGAGUAUUUAUUAGAUAAACAGCACCACCUUUUGGUCAAAACCACGCGGCACGAUUAUUUCUAUCAAAGCCUGGAUUCAAUACUUUCGGUUAAAGUAUGAUAUAUUUUCAGUGUUGGGUAUAAGUUAAUAAGUAAUUAGUUACUGUAAUUUAAUUACUUUUUUCUUAAAAAGUAAAGUAAGGGAUUACUAU